AUGCUCUCUCUCGCCAAACGCCUUCACUCACUCAGACUCACACCAUUCCUUUCUCGCGGCUCCCACCAACUCCGCACUCCUCGACCCGACGCUGCCUCCCACUCCAGGCGGCGCCACAAGUCUCCGCCUCUUCCGCUGAAAAAAGCGGAGGAGAGGUCAGAAUGGUGGAUCGUCGACGGAGAAAUGCACGAAAUAGGAGAUAACGUGCCACCACGUGAGCGGUUUGUGAUUCCUCGAGAGAAUAUUCCCAAUAAGCGCCGCAAGCAGUUGAGAGAACAGUUCAUGCGCAGGACUCGCCUCGUUCUUAAGGAAUCUGAACACGAUCCUUGGUGCAAAAGAUAUAUGGAAUUAUAUAAUGAACUUCGAGAAAAUUGGGAGAGACUUUAUUGGGACGAGGGUUAUUCUAAUAAGCUUGCUCGGGAUCAUGCGAAUUAUGAGUCUGCUGAAGAUGAUGAUGAAGAUUUCUCUCCUUAUAGGAAUAGAAGACCCCAGAUGGAGUAUAACAAGGACCAGAAUUUUGGUAGAAACAGGCAAUCUGAUAGCUGGGAUAAAGUUAGCCUUAUACGCGAUAAAUUUGAGUAUGACAGAGAGAGAAGAAUGAAGGAGAAAGCAUUUGCUCCCAUACAUGGAGGAUUUGUAGCUGACUCUAAUGAGUCGGAAGGCUGGAACCAACCACUAAAUACCGAUCGAUAUUUUAGCCAAACAGAAAGGUAUCAAGAGGAGGAGAAUAAAUGA